AUGCACUGCCCAGAGGCCGCUCUUCCUAUAGUUAGCCUACUCGGAAUAGUCCGAAGUGAGGGAGGCCAGUUGAACAACGGGUCUACUCUGUUGCAUUACGACCUCGAGACAAAUGUCUAUGACCUCUCUAACAAGGCGUCUGUGACAUUUACUGUUUCCAUCUACUUCAGGAACGGAAACCGUUGGACGAAUUUUCCCGUUCUUGCUAGGCAGUCACGCAUAUUUAUCGCGGGACGCAUUUUCGGUAUCACUACCAGCACGCCUCGGCUCGCUAUUGGCGUGGAUGACGUUUAUUUUAUUCCAACUAUCGGCUCCACUUUGACAGCUCCAGUGACACCAACCUCGUCAGCAGGAAAGCAGAAACAAGCAGAUAGAUGGAACAGUCGUGCCAACCCAGUAACUCCAAUAAAGAGACCUCGAAUGUUGAACGCCAGCUCUGACUCCCAACCACAAGACGAGACCUGUCCCUCUACUGAGACGCACCUUCCAAUAGAAUCUGGAACCUGUGACGAAACUUUCCUUAACGAUACAACUACCAACAAACUAACUCACCUGGAUGACGGGUCGUCGGCUGACACAAUCCUCCGCGGUCGUCCACCCAAGAGAAGUCGUAAAUUUUCGAAGGUAGAUUAA